AUGUGGUGUGUCCUGCGCGGCUGGAGGCGCGGGCGCCUGAGCCCCUGGGGGGUGCAGGGCCGGCAGCGGCCCCCGGCCUCCCGGGCCCUGGCCGGCGCGGCCGCGGGCAGCGGGCAGGAGUACAGCCACGUGGUGGUGGGCGCGGGCUCGGCGGGCUGCGUGCUGGCCGGCCGGCUCACCGAGGACCCGGGCGCGCGCGUGCUGCUGCUGGAGGCCGGGCCCAGGGACACGCGCGCGGGCAGCAAGCGGCUCCUCUGGAAGAUCCACAUGCCCGCGGCGCUCGUGGCCAACCUGUGCGACGACCGGUACAACUGGUGCUACCACACGGAGCCGCAGGCCGGCAUGGACGGCCGCGUGCUGUACUGGCCGCGCGGCCGCGUGUGGGGCGGCUCCUCGUCGCUCAACGCCAUGGUGUACGUGCGGGGCCACGCCGAGGACUACGAGCGCUGGCAGCGGCAGGGCGCCGCGGGCUGGGGCUAUGCGCACUGCCUGCCCUACUUCCGCCGGGCGCAGAGCCACGAGCUGGGCGCCAGCCGCUACCGCGGCGACCAAGGCCCCCUGCACGUGUCCCGGGGCAAGACCGACCACCCGCUGCACCGGGCCUUCCUGGAGGCGGCGCAGCAGGCCGGCUACCCGCUCACCGAGGACAUGAACGGCUUCCAGCAGGAGGGCUUCGGCUGGAUGGACAUGACCAUCCACCAAGGCAAACGCUGGAGCGCAGCCUGCGCGUACCUGCACCCCGCACUCAGCCGGCCCAACCUCACGGCCGAGGCCCGGACGUUGGUGAGCAGGGUGCUGUUUGAAGGCACCCGCGCCGUGGGCGUGGAGUACAUCAAGAACGGCCAGCGCCACAGGGCUUACGCCAGCCAGGAGGUGAUUCUGAGCGGAGGUGCCAUCAACUCCCCGCAGCUGCUCAUGCUUUCCGGCGUCGGCAACGCAGACGACCUCAAGAAGCUGGGCAUCCCCGUGGUGUGCCACCUUCCGGGAGUCGGUCAGAACCUGCAAGACCACCUGGAGAUAUACAUCCAGCAGGCAUGCACCCGCCCCAUCACCCUCCACACAGCACAGAAGCCCCUGAGGAAGGUCCGGAUUGGUCUGGAGUGGCUCUGGAAGUUCACAGGGGACGGAGCCACGGCCCAUCUGGAGACAGGAGGGUUCAUCAGGAGCCGGCCUGGGGUCUCCCACCCGGACAUCCAGUUCCACUUCCUGCCGUCCCAAGUGAUUGACCAUGGGCGAGUCCCCACCCAGGAGGAGGCUUACCAGGUGCACGUGGGGACCAUGCGGGCCACGAGUGUGGGCUGGCUCAAGCUGAGGAGCGCCAACCCGCACGACCACCCUGUGCUGCAGCCCAACUACUUGUCCACAGAAGCCGACAUUCACGAUUUCCGCAACUGCGUGAAGCUGACCAGAGAGAUCUUCGCCCAGGACGCCCUGGCACCGUUCCGGGGGAAAGAGCUCCAGCCGGGAAGCCACGUGCAGUCCGACAAAGAGAUCGACGCCUUUGUGCGGGCGAAAGCCGACAGCGCCUACCACCCCUCGUGCACCUGCAAGAUGGGCCAGCCCUCCGACCCCGCGGCCGUGGUGGACCCGCAGACCAGGGUGCUCGGGGUGGAAAACCUCCGUGUGGUCGACGCGUCCAUCAUGCCCAGCGUGGUGAGCGGCAACCUGAACGCCCCCACGAUCAUGAUGGCGGAGAAAGCGGCCGACAUCAUCAGGGGGCGGCCCGCGCUCUGCGACAAGGACGUGCCCGUGUACAAACCCAGGACCCUGGACACCCAGCGCUGA